GCGAUCUAUGCAAACUGUAAACGCCCCUAACAGCGUCUUAAAAAGCAUCAAGUUUCAUCAGAUUCAUUCGCUUUCCUGCGCGUUUGGAAGAUGGCACGCUACUCAGGUGAGCAGGCUCUUCAGUGGUCCUGGACAGUGAGGAAGAGUUCACUUUUUCCUUGGAAGAAGAACACGACUCUGACGAUGAACGUCUGUAUUUUGAAGAGCGACUUGAUCCAGCUGAAGAUACAGUUUCUGAUGAGAAUGUGGAUCCAUCACUCUCACAUUCACCUGCAAUUCCCACUAAGAGGGCACCCAGCAACACAGGCGGAAAUGAGAAAGACUAUAGCCCUAAUGAGAGUGCUCCAAAACCCCUUGCAAAAAAGGCCAAGAAAAACAUUCAGACAAGCAACAGGCAUUCAGCUCUGUCAUGGAAAACAGAUAAUGACACUGACAUGGUUCCACAGACUCUGAGAUUCCUACCUGCACGGGAACCUGGACCACAGCUGCGUCCUGCUGAUGAACACACUCCUAAGAGUCUCUUCAAAAUGUUUUUUUCUGAGGAUGCAGUUUCAACUCUAUGCCAGAACACCAAUGCUCAGGCUGCCAGGGCAGUUUCAAAGGGAUGUAGAUAUAAAUGGACAGAUAUCAGCAUCGGUGAGAUGUACCGCUACAUUGGGCUGCUGUUUUACAUGGCUAUGGUGAAGAUGAGCUCCAUCAGUGACUACUGGCGACAGGACAGUCUUUUCUCUGUGCCUUUUCCUGCUACAAUCAUGUCAAGAGACAGAUUCCGUACCAUUUCAUGGAACGUGCACAUGAGUCACCCAGAUGAAGACAAGGAGAAUGACAGAAAGAGGGGAACAGCUGAUCAUGACAGUCUUUUCAGGGUCAAACCUCUCAUGGACACAAUCCGCCUUGCUUGUAAAGCAAUCUACCAUCCUAAACGGAACUUGGCUGUGGAUGAAAGAAUGGUGGCAUGUAAAGCAAACACUGGAAUGAGACAAUACAUGAAAGCCAAGCCAACCAAGUGGGGCUUCAAGUUGUUUGUCCUUGCUGAUUCAUCAAAUGGAUACACUGUGGACUUUUCUGUGUACACAGGAAAGAACAACUUUCCCACAGGCCAUGGACUAUCAUAUGAUGCGGUGACAUCUCUUCUGGACUGUAAAGUUUUAGGCUCUGGGUACCAUCUGUACAUGGACAAUUUCUACACAAGUCCUAAGCUCCUGAGAGACUUGUUUGCCAUGAAGUUUGGUGGCUGUGGGACAUAAAGAGACAACAGGAAGGACUGCCCUCGUAAUGCAGCUAAUUCACUCUCCAAGAAAUCUGCCAGAGGAUCCAUCAGGUGGAUUCGGGAUGGAGCUCUUGUAUUUGUCAAGUGGAUGGACACACGAGAGGUAUCUGUCUGUUCUACCAUACAUGCUGCUUAUAGUGGAGACACUGUGCAGAGGAGGGUGAAAUCACAAGGAACAUGGAGGACAAAGACAAUUCCAUGUCCUGCACCUGUGACUGCAUACAACCAACACAUGGGGGGUGUCGACCUGUCUGAUCAGCUGAUACAAUACUACACAACACAACACAAAACAAUGAAGUGGUACAGAAAGAUCUUUCUACACUUCCUGGACAUUGCUGCCACAAACGCUUUCAUCAUACACAAAGACCUUUACGGUAACAUGACCCAUAAAGAGUUCAUAGAACAGCUGAUUGCAGAGCUCUUUGGUAUGUCGUCACAGAAAGCAGCUCCAAAACGGACCAAAAGUGACCAUGUACCGGUUCCAGCAGCAGAGCUGACAUCAGAUGCAAGGAAUAAUGCUACCGCUGGUCGUCGGAACUGCAUGCUUUGCAAAGUACAGCUUGGUAAAAGGCAAGACACACCUUGGAAAUGCCAGGCAUGUGACAUUUACUUGUGUCUUCAGUUGAAAAGGAACUGUUUUCAAAAAUGGCACACAGAUGUGUGACUGUUCAGAUUCUCUGUUCACCACCUCUCACUGACCAUUGGGCUGCAAAGAUUAUCUAUAUGUGAUCAAGCAGGUUAUGUAUAGGGUGUAAAAGUGGGCUUUUUUUAUAAACCUUACCUUUAUUUGCCUGUAUACACAAAAUGUGCCUUUGACCCUAGUUUAUAUGUGGAUUAUAUUGUUAACUUUAUUUUAAAUAAAAAAGAAAAAAAACAA